AUGGAGGCAGCCCCUAGCGAGGGGGACGAUGAUCCUCGUUGGACUCAAAGUGAUGCGUUUGAGGAGGUCCACAAUGCAGAAGACCUUGGGUCCGAGGCAGACGAUGAAUCUUGUGACUUUGAAUACCUUCGCGGAUUGAAUGUGGAUGACAUUUUGAAGAAGGUUUGGGUCAGUGUGGAGACUGCAUACGAGUCUUAUCGGAGAUUUGGAAAAAUGCAUGGGUUCGGUGUGCGAAAGGGUGACUCAGGGAAAGACUGGGAGGGGAACUUGGUUAGAUAUAGGUUUUUCUGUAAUAAGGAAGACAAGACUGAUAAUUACUGGAAGGUGAGGAAACUAGUCACCGAACACAACCAUGAGUUUGCACCGGCAGGAAUGGUGCACUUGAUUGCCAAUCAUCGUGGGUUACUUGAAACGGCAAAGAGUCAGAUAGAUGGGAUGCAAGCGCAUGGUAUUGCAACGGCUAAGAUUGUAGGGUACAUGGCAGGUAUGGCUGGUGGGUACUCGUUGUUGGGAUUUCUGAAAAAGGAUGUCUACAACUACGCUGACAAACAGCGGCGCAUUAAAAUAUAUGACGGUGACGCACACUCUGCAAUUGUGUAUCUCGAGGGAAAAGCCGAGUUAGACCCGAUGGCGGUGGCAAAAUAUAGUGUGACCUGUGAUAAGAGGCUAGCGAAUCUGAUUUGGACUGACGAAGCUAGCAGAGUAGAUUAUCAAUACUUUGGUGAUGUGUUAGCCUUUGAUUCAACAUACAAGAAAAACAAAUACAAGAGACCAAUUGUCAUUUUUUCUGGAACAAACAAUCACAAGAAGACUACCAUCUUUGGGUUUGGGUUGUUGGUUGAUGAAAGUGUUGGUGCCUAUAGGUGGAUGUUGGAGACAUUGAUGGAGAUCAUGUGUGUUAAGAAGCCGGCUGUUGUUGUCACUGACGGCGACAAGGCUAUGAUAAAAGCAGUUUCUGAGGUGCUUCCAUCUGUGACCCAUCGCUUGUGUGCAUGGCAUGUAGAGAAAAAUGUCACAUCUAAUGUAAAGGAUGUCGAAUUACGUGGCUUAUUCAGGAGAUGGCUGUAUGCAGAAAUGGGGAAAGAGGACUUCGAAUCUGAAUGGGACCGUACUGCUUCUGUGUAUGGGCUACGCAAAAAGCAAUGGUCAUGCCAUAUGUAUGAUAAAAAGCAUAUGUGGGCAAGUCCUUAUUUGCGUGACAAGUUUUGCGCGGGGUAUAGGACGACAUCCAGGUGUGAAGGCAUUAACGCACAUGUGAACAAGUUCUCCAAGUCUACCCAUACAAUUUACGAGUUGGUUCAGAGCUUGGAGAUGGUCGCCCGCGAAUACCGUUAUAGGGAGUUACAGCUCCAGUUUCAGUCCAUCAACUCGGUCCCGAUUAUGACAACCUGCCUGACAAGUAUUGAGAGGCAUGCCGCUACGGUCUACACAAGAGAAGUGUUUCAGGAUGUGAAGAAGGAGAUUGAAGGGGUCGGUGCGUUGAACCAGAUUAACAAAAGGAGGAUACUUACCACAAUGAUAUACACUGUUGAGGAGUACGAGAAUCCUAAUGUGCAGAUAACAACGUCCUAUGGUUGCUCGACUAGGAAAGUUGGGCACCUUAAGGAAAUACCUGACACCCUUAUUCUGAGGAGGUGGCGAGCUGAUGCAAAAACUCCUGAACAGUACACGGAGACUUGGGGCAACGUUACAGAACACGGUGUUAUCCUCCGCCAUGGGAAGGCUAUGCGUGGAAUUCAGUCUUUAUGUAAAGAACUUGAGAUGGAUUACAAGGCAUUUCACGGCGGGGUUAGGGUCACAGGUGAAAAUGUAGCUGCAGCAGAUGCUGUCGUCAGGGACCCGGUUGUUGCUCAGCCAAAAAGAGCUCCAAAACUGGUGUCAAUUUUAUUGAACGAGAAAAAGAGGGCACGAGUGCAAGGACAUCACAGGAUUCACCGCAGGAUGUUACAGGGAAAUAAUGUAAUCGUGAUUGCCGUUAUCAAGAAAACCUAUUGUUGCAGUUCGAUUAUUGUUUGA